AUGGUAUCCUACGCAACAGAGAUCGAAGAGAUCGAAUCCUGGGGCAAGACCUUUUUAUCUCUGACCUCAGGCUUGUCAUAAUGGCCGAUCAUUGCCUGGCGCUAUAUUUACCUGCAAACAGGCCAAAGGGAUGAUCAAGCUACACAGCCUUUGGUGUAACUAUAAACCCGACGAUAUGCCCGAACCUUCAUUUACCGAUAAAACACUCAUCCUGAGGCUCACGCUUGCAGUGAUCCUGUUCAUGCACAGCGUACCCGGCAUGUUCAACGGCGGCAUCCAUGA